GAGUCACGCUGCCUCCAUUCCUAGGAGAGAAGACUUCCUGCAAGAUGGAGGUGGACGCCGAGGAGAAGCGUCAUCGCACACGGUCCAAAGGGGUUCGAGUUCCCGUGGAACCAGCCAUCCAGGAGCUGUUCAGCUGUCCCACUCCUGGCUGUGACGGCAGCGGUCAUGUCAGCGGCAAAUACGCAAGACACAGAAGUGUAUAUGGUUGCCCCUUGGCCAAAAAAAGAAAAACCCAAGAUAAACAGCCUCAAGAGCCUGCUCCCAAACGGAAAGCGUUUUCGGCCAAAGCCGACAGCUCCUCAGCAGAUGAGCGCUACGAGAGCGACGGGACUGAGGACCUGGAUGAGAAGGACGAGGACGAGGAGGAGGAGUACUCGGAGGACGAGGAGGACGACGACGAGGGGGACCGAGAGGACGAGGAGGAGAUCGAGGAGGACGACGAGGACGAUGAUGAGGAUGGAGAGGAUGCCGAAGAGGAAGAGGACGACGAGGAAGAGGAGGAGGAGGAGGAAGAGGAGGAGGAGGAGGAGAAUGAAGAUCACCAGAUGAAUUGUCACAAUAGUCGAAUAAUGCAAGAUGCAGAAAAGGACGAUAACAAUAACGAUGAGUAUGAUAAUUAUGAUGAGCUGGUGGCUAAGUCCUUGUUGAAUCUCGGCAAGAUUGCGGAGGACGCAGCCUACCGGGCCCGGACGGAGUCGGAAAUGAACAGCAAUACCUCCCACAGUUUGGAAGACGACAGUGACAAAAACGAGAGCCUGGGCCGGAAAGGUGAGCUGAGUCUAGACUUAGACAGCGACGUCGUCAGAGAAACAGUGGACUCCCUGAAGCUGUUAGCACAGGGACAUGGUGUGGUGCUCACAGAAAACGUGAGUGACCGGGGCUACGCAGACACCAUGGCACAGCAGGACAGCAGGAACAUGAACUACGUGAUGCUGGGGAAGCCCAGCCUGAACAACGGGCUGGUGGACAAGCUGGUGGAGGAGAGUGACGAGGAGGUGUGUCUGAGCAGCCUGGAGUGCCUGCGGAACCAGUGCUUCGACCUGGCCCGGAAGCUGAGCGAGAGCAGCCCUCAGGACCGGGGCGCCCCGCAGAACCCGAGUGUCCGCCAGCACGUGCGGCCGGAGGACGACUUCUCGGGGAGGACGCCGGACAGGAACUACUCUGACAUGAUGAACCUGAUGAGGCUUGAGGAGCAGCUGAGCCCCAGGUCCAGAACUUUCUCCAGCUGUGCCAAGGAGGACGGGUGUCCUGAGAGAGACGACGACACAGCCUCCGUGAACUCAGACAGGUCCGAGGAGGUGUUCGACAUGACCAAGGGCAACCUGACCCUUCUGGAGAAGGCCAUUGCCUUGGAAACGGAGAGGGCCAAGGCCAUGAGGGAGAAGAUGGCCCUGGAGGCCGGCCGGCGGGACAGCACGAGGUCCUAUGAGGAGCAGUCGCCACGACCGCUGCCUGGGGACGAGCGGAAGCCCAAGCCCAGCGAUAGCCAUGUCAAAAAGCCAUACUAUGAUCCCUCGAGAGCAGAAAAGAAAGAGAGCAAGUGUCCAACCCCAGGCUGCGAUGGAACCGGCCACGUGACCGGGCUGUACCCGCAUCAUCGCAGCCUGUCCGGAUGCCCGCACAAAGAUAGGGUCCCUCCGGAAAUCCUCGCCAUGCACGAGAACGUUCUCAAGUGUCCUACUCCGGGCUGCACAGGGCGAGGGCACGUAAACAGCAACAGGAACUCGCACCGCAGCCUCUCUGGAUGCCCUAUUGCUGCAGCAGAGAAGCUGGCAAAGGCCCAAGAAAAACACCAGAGCUGCGACGUGUCCAAGUCCAGCCAGGCUUCCGACCGUGUGCUAAGGCCAAUGUGCUUUGUAAAGCAGCUCGAGAUCCCUCACUACGGCUACAGAAACAGCGUCCCUACUACCACGCCGCGCUCCAACCUGGCCAAGGAGUUGGAGAAAUACUCCAAGACCUCGUUUGAGUACAGCAGUUACGACAGCCACACGUACGGCAAGCGGGCCAUAGCUCCCAAGGUGCAAACCAGGGACAUAUCCCCCAAAGGAUAUGAUGCGAAGCGGCUCUGCAAAGACGGCAGCCCCAGCAGCAGCGCCGCCAGCAGCUACGCCCCCAGCAGCAGCGGCAGCUUGAGCUGUGGGGGCGGCGGCAGCAGUGCCAGCAGCACCUGCAGCAAAAGCAGCUUCGACUACACGCACGACGUGGAGGCGGCGCACAUGGCAGCCACCGCCAUCCUCAACCUGUCCACCCGCUGCCGUGAGAUGCCGCAGAACCUGCCCGCCAAGCCACAGGGCCUGUGUGCCACCCGGAACCCUGACAUGGAGGUGGAUGAGAACGGCACGCUGGACCUAAGCAUGAACAAGCAGAGGCCUCGGGAGGGCUGCUGCCCUGUCCUGACCCCACUGGAGCCCAUGUCCCCACAGCAGCAGGCCGUGAUGAGCAGCCGGUGCUUCCCGCUGAGUGAGGGGGACUGCUGGGACCUGCCUGUGGACUACACCAAGAUGAAGCCGCGGAGGGUGGACGAGGACGAUUCCAAAGAGAUCAGCCCAGAAGACUUGGACCCCUUCCAGGAAGCUCUGGAAGAAAGAAGGUACCCGGGGGAGGUGACCGUCCCCAGCCCCAAGCCCAAGUACCCCCAGUGCAAGGAGGGCAAGAAGGACCUGAUCACUCUGUCGGGCUGCCCCCUGGCUGACAGAAGCAUCCGGAGCAUGCUGGCCACCAGCUCACAGGAACUCAAGUGCCCCACCCCUGGCUGCGAUGGCUCUGGACACAUCACUGGCAACUACGCGUCCCAUCGAAGCCUUUCAGGUUGCCCGAGAGCGAAGAAAAGCGGCAUCAGGAUAGCGCAGAGCAAGGAAGACAAGGAGGACCAGGAACCGAUCAGGUGCCCCGUCCCCGGCUGCGACGGCCAGGGCCACAUCACCGGGAAGUACGCCUCCCACCGCAGCGCCUCGGGCUGCCCCUUGGCGGCCAAGCGGCAAAAGGACGGGUACCUCAAUGGCUCCCAGUUCUCCUGGAAGUCGGUCAAGACGGAGGGCAUGUCCUGCCCCACGCCCGGAUGUGACGGCUCGGGACACGUCAGCGGCAGCUUCCUCACACACCGCAGCUUGUCCGGCUGCCCACGAGCCACCUCGGCGAUGAAGAAGGCGAAGCUGUCCGGGGAGCAGAUGCUGACCAUCCGGCAGCGAGCCAGCAAUGGCAUCGAGAACGAUGAGGAGAUCAAGCAGCUGGACGAGGAGAUCAAGGAGCUGAAUGAGUCCAACUCGCAGAUGGAGGCCGACAUGAUCAAACUCAGGACCCAGAUCACCACGAUGGAGACCAACCUGAAGACCAUCGAGGAGGAGAACAAGGUGAUCGAGCAGCAGAAUGAGUCCCUCCUGCACGAGCUGGCCAACCUGAGCCAGUCCCUCAUCCACAGCCUGGCCAACAUCCAGCUGCCGCACAUGGACCCAAUCAAUGAACAAAAUUUUGAUGCAUACGUGACUACUUUGACGGACAUGUAUACAAAUCAAGAUCGUUAUCAGAGCCCAGAAAAUAAAGCCCUACUGGAAAAUAUAAAGCAGGCUGUGAGAGGAAUUCAGGUCUGA